UCCCUCUUCCCUCCUCUUUGGUAUAUAUAUAUAUUCUUCCUUUCACCACUCUCAUCUUCUGCUCCGCUCACUCAACCCAUAACAACAAAGACACCAAAACCAUGAUUUACGCUGUUUCUUCUCACAACAACCUCUUCAUGUGGAACAUGCCGAGGCUCCACAAACCGCGCAAAAGACCAUCGCAACGCGUGACAUGUUUCCAGAGGCGUAACCCUUACCCCAGCAGCAAUGCGGUUAACGAGAGAGCCGCAUUCACCGUUACGAGGCACGUGGUGGUUAAGGAGUACGAGGAGAGACACAGGGUUCGUUCUCCGCAAGCUGGAAGCAACCAACGAAUGCUGAUGCUGUUGUGUGGGUUGGGUUAUUGGGUACAAGGUUUCAGGUGUUUUCCGUGGCUGGCGCUUAACUUUCACAUGGCCACUAACCUCCACUUGCACCCCUCCACGUUGCAGCUCGUGCAGAAUUCCGCUAACCUCCCCAUGGUGGCUAAGCCUCUCUACGGAAUCCUCUCCGAUGCUGUCUCUAUUAACGGUUCUCGUAGAAUACCUCAUCUUGUCAUAGGAGGUCUUCUGCAAGUCGUAUCUUGGAAUCUUCUGGCAUUUGUCCCCAUUGCACACGAAAUACUUCCCAACUUAAUUGCAUCUGUGCUUCUCAGUAAUUUGGGAGCAUCCAUUACAGAAGUAGCACAGGAUGCUCUUGUUGCAGAGUAUGGCAAGAAGCACAAAAUUGGUGGCCUACAGUCGUAUGCAUUCAUGGCAUUAGCUGCAGGUGGAAUCUUAGGCAACUUGAUUGGUGGUUAUUUCUUACAGAAAUUGCCUCCCAGAACCAUGUUUGUCAUAUUUUCAACUUUACUGUCUCUACAACUAGCAAUUUCUUUUUCAACAAGAGAGGAGUCUUUAGGCAUAGCCCAACUUUCAGGUCAAAAUCUUGCUACAACAUCCAUCUCAGUAAAUAUCAGAAAACAGGUCUCUGAUCUUGUCAUGGCUAUCAGUGACAAGGGCAUUUCCCAGCCCCUUGUGUGGAUCGUUGGAUCAAUUGCCUUGGUCCCAAUGCUUUCAGGCUCUAUAUUUUGCUAUCAGACACAAUGUCUAAAUCUUGAUCCUACAGUAAUCGGGUGGUCUCGAGUGAUUGGCCAGUUUGUACUUCUUUCAGGAACUGUGCUUUAUAACCAAUAUUGGAAAAAAAUUCCAAUGAGAAAGCUGAUAGGCAUGGUGCAGAUUCUGUAUGCUUCAUCUCUACUUCUUGAUCUCAUUCUAGUUAGACAAAUAAAUCUCAAAUGGGGAAUUCCCAAUGAGGUGUUUGCUCUUUGCUUUUCUGGUUUAGCCGAAGUUGUGGCUCAGUUUAAGCUCCUUCCUUUCUCAGUUUUAUUUGCAAAAUUAUGUCCAAAGGGUUGUGAAGGAUCUCUCACAGCUUUCCUUGCAUCAGCUUUGUGUCUAUCAUCAAUAGCUAGUGCUUUUUUUGGGGUUGGAUUGGCCUCUUGCCUUGGUAUUACAUCCGGUGAUUACUCGGGUUUAACGGCAGGGAUUCUUGUGCAGUUCCUUGCAGCUUUAGUACCAUUAAGAUGGAUUCACUCUUUACCCAUGUCACAACCGGGUGAGAAGAGAAAGAAAAGAAGUAUGAGUAGAAGAACACGUAGAAACAGAAGAGUUGGAAAAGUUGUACUUGGUUCUGUUAAUGUCUACAGGCGUGAGAGAGAAUGAGAAUAACAGGUGAAAUUAAAAUGCUCCUACCUACGAAGCUUCAAUGAUUAUCCAAGGAUGAGUGGUACUUGAGAUCUGUGGUUUUCACCAUGAUUCUCUUGAAGAUGAUUUUGUCAUGAUAAGAUGAAUUCAUUUCUGCCACGGCUAGGAUUUUUGCUCCAUGUUGAAUUCUUAUCUUGGGGCCAACCUGGAACUGGUCACAGGUGGUUUUUGAGCAUAUAGUGGUCUUGUAUAUUUCUUAGUAAGUGAUUUAGAUUUCAACAUUCUACCUCUUUAUGCUCCCACUAAUAUGUCUUACUGAGCCGGUUUUGAAGGAAGUUUGGAAUUAAAGUUGUCUAGGGCCCCUCUUGAGAGGGGUCCAAUUUUUUAUUAUUUUUUUAAUCUCAUAUUACAAGAAACAAAAAUUGAAAAUACUUCUUGCUUUA